AUGUUAUGGCAUCGUCAAGCCAAGAAGAAAAACGAAUUCGUCAACGACGGUCGUGCACCUGAUACAACAGAACUUUUACUCGGCCAUACCAGCGAAAGCGAUCAUCCAACUGACACGAAUGAUGAUGAAAUCCGCGAAGGAGUUUGUGGCGCCGAUUUGACAAGCGAAGAUGAUGUGGACAAUGAAGAAAGCAAAGACAGUGAGCAUAAUUUUUGCAAAGACAAGAAGAACGAAAACUUCAAAGCAGUGAAAGACGACAGAAACUUGCAGAAAAGCUUGAACAACAACAUGCAACGCACAAACAGCAGAGAAAAAGAGAAGCUUUAG